GCCCUGCAGGACACUUUGCACGACAUGAUGCGAGGGGAUGACGCGCGGGUUUUUGCCUCCAUCCCGUGGUCUGCCGAUGUUUGUUACAUGGCGCGUUGGGUGCGACGACAGAUCAGAUGGGAUCCUUGGUGGCAGAGGGUGGCCACCAUCGUCCAUAUCAUGGAGCCCGUGAUGCAGUUGCUCCGACGGAUGGAUCCUGGAGGGCAGUUCAUGUCGCUCGUGCUCGAGUGGGCACAGGAUCUUGUGCAGCGGGUGAAGGAGGCAUGCGCUCCUUUGGGGUCCUCGAUCGCAGACCGGAUCAUCAAGCGUGUGCAGGUACGCUCGCAGGACAUGUUAGAGCCGGCCCACUGCGCUGGGUUCUUACUGAGCCCCCGCAGGCGACAUGUUCGAUAUUUUUCCGGCGAGGUGCAGGAGUACCAUGCUUGGCUUGUGAGACAAGCCAAGAGGUACAUUCUGACACAUACGGGUUUCGAUUUGGAGGGUGCGGAGUACCUCCAGGCCUGCCGGCAGUUCGAGGACUUCCACAUGCAGCAGGGCAGGUUUGGUGAUUGGGGCGGGGCGGAGGGGCGUGCUCGUGGGCGCGCGUGUAGCGGUGACACCGAGACGAUCGAGUGCGCGUCUUGGUGGUCCCAGUAUGGGGCUCGCGCCCCUGAGUUGCAGCGGCGCGCUCUUCGUGUGAUGCACAUGUGGUUUUGCGCCUCUCCAGCGGAGAGGAACUGGGCAGUCCACGAGGGCAUCCACACGAAGAAGCGUAACAGGUUGGCCUUUGAGAAGGUCGUGCAACUCGUUGAGAUCACCGCAAAUGUGCGGUUGACAGAGUAUCGGCGGGCAGGAUGCGGUUACGUGCUUCCAUGGCAGCGUGACAAGGGGAUGUUGGACUGCCAGGCAGGACUGGAGGUUGAGCCGGUGCGCAUGGGCACGCGCCAGGGGAUGACGGCGGCGGAGAUUGCAGAGCAGGUUGCGCUGAUUACGCGCGAUCCGUUUGGGUCUUCCGCACCUUCAUCCGCUGAUGUCGUUUUUGACAGACGUGCUUGCAUUUUCCGUCCGUACCCCAGGGACGAUGACUCGGAUGAGGCGCCCCCACUCGACGGAGUAGAUGACCCUGCCCUGCCCAUCCCGAGCGAGAUCGACGAGACGCAUGAGGAGGCCAAUGAUGCCGAGGUGAGGACAUACACGGCUCGUCGGGCAGCGGACCGGGCAGAGGAGGAGAUGCAGGGGGGGGACGAGGAUUUAUGGGGCCCUUUCGGGGAGGUGGCUUCCACCGGUGAUGCGCGUGCUGACAGAGGCGGGGCCUCUCAUGCCAACACGAGCCAGGCGGAGACGGAGGAGUUGGCAUCCUCCUUGCCUUCGCAAGGGGUUCUGCAGAGAUCGACGGUGGUUCGACAGCUGAGGUUACGAUCACCUUCCCCGGGGGUAUUACAGGAGGAGGGGGAUGUGGCAGCAGCAGCGGAGGAGGCACCAGCAGUCUCGACAACGAGGGAGGAGGUGCCAGCACAGGCGACGACUGAGGAGGAGGUAGCGGUAGCGAGGCCGCAGGAGGCCGUUCCUAUGGAUCAUGACAGUGCGGACACCGAUGAGCAGCUCGUGCGGCGCUUCGUCACGAAGGAGGUCGAUCCAGUCGUGGGGGGUUUGACCCCGGGGGCGGCAAUGGAGCUGGGGAUUUCUGCUCCCAUAGGGGGGGCGGGGUCAGAGAUGGGGACGCACUUCGACUUUGACUUGUCGAUGGGCCCUCCACCUACUUGCGGCGGGGCGAUAUCGACGGAUCGGGCGCCGUCACGGAACGACGCAGCAGACGCGACAGAGUCUCCAGAUACAGCACGCGACAUCAUGGAGCGAGAGAGGGCUCGACUUAUGGCAUCACGUAACCCACGUGCUCAGGCGUUCGCACAGGCCUUGGAGGAGGCCAAGCGUCGAGGGACAAGGGGGGAUGGUGUGCAGGGUGGGGUGGUGGCUGGGGAGGACGUUAUAGAGGGAGUAGCAGCAGAGGCGAACGAUGAGGCUAUACAGGGUGGGCCAGAGGCAGUGGACAAGCGGCGGAUGAGGCUGUGCAGGCUCGAGCAUCCAGCAUGGCACGCGAUCCCUUCGGUUCCAUGGAGUCUUGCGUCGCCCGUGUGGUCUGGGUCUACCUCCACCGGAGGACGUACUGCGGGAGAUGUUCCAGGGGUUUCGGGUGGCGUGCAGGAGACAGCGCCACAUACAGGAGACAUGCCACCCCCUCCUCCUAGACCACCUGUAGGUGAUCCAUCAUCGUCGCCCACAGGUAGAGGCUCUCGAUCCUUACAGACGCACGGGAGAUCGAGGAUUCGUGACACAACAGCAGUUCUGCGGGACGUGUGUGACACGUCCAUAUUCGGGAGGACAAACAUAGAUUUGGAUUCUACCCGCCGUGUCACGGAGCACACUGCACGCCUUCAUUCGGGCUUGGGAGGAGUUGGUGCCAGGACGACCGCAGCGAGGGAGGUGCCAGCAUCAGGUUGUGAGCCUCAGCGAGGUCGUGGUAGAGGAGUGUCCACCGACACCUUGGAGCACGCUCUGAGAGCAGCAACGCGUGCUGUGCAAGAGCAGACUUCACGCAAGCGUGGAGUGCCGUCUCGUCCACGCCCUGUGGCUGCAGAGGGAGGCGCUGCGCUUGGAGAGAGUUCGGGGGCGGAGGGGUUGGGGAUGCCUCCUGGAUCCCGCCGUGAGCAGACGGUUGCAGAGGCUAGUGCGAGGGUUGUUUUGUUGAGGAAGGGAGGAAGCCCUGUCACCAUCAAGGUGGAUGAUCCUUAGACGGAUGCGGCAGUGCGGGAGGAGGACAAGGACUACGAGGGCGAGGAGGAGGGUGAGGAGGAGAGCGAGAGCGGUUCCGACGGUG